ACCCUAAAUCCCCAAUUCUAUUUUUGAGAAAAUCUGACUCAAUUUUUUCGGGAAAAUGUCAGGUCGCGGAAAGGGAGGGAAGGGUUUGGGGAAGGGAGGAGCAAAGAGGCAUCGCAAGGUCCUGCGCGAUAACAUUCAGGGAAUAACGAAGCCCGCGAUUCGAAGGUUGGCUAGGAGGGGUGGUGUGAAGAGGAUCAGUGGUUUGAUCUACGAGGAGACCAGAGGGGUUCUCAAGAUCUUCCUGGAGAACGUGAUUCGUGAUGCGGUGACUUACACGGAGCAUGCGAGGAGGAAGACUGUCACGGCCAUGGAUGUGGUUUACGCGCUCAAGAGACAGGGUAGAACCCUAUAUGGAUUCGGAGGCUGAAGUUUGGAUUUUGGGUAUCUUGGUAGGGAAUAUGAGGGGUGAGUGUUGGGGUUUUUUUAUGUGGGUAUGUGUAAAUGGAAUAAAUUUAUGGUUUAGAUAAUGCUUUUGUUUUGAGUUAUGUGCUUGGAUUAUCUUGUGAUGGGAUUGGGUGAUACAAGAUUACUCAAGUUUCUUCUAUUGUUUUCCAUCUAGUUUGUGUUAAUGGUGCUGUUUGUA